AAGGGCUUACAGGCUUACGUUAACACCAUUAAUUCUUCUUACAAUCAUUGAAAGCACAUAUAUCAAUUCAAAAAUGUCAGACGCAGCUCGAUGGAAAGCCACUGUCUAUGUAGGCGGGCUAUCUCAAAUGGCAACUCAGAGUCAUGUGCUCGACGCUUUCAUCCCAUUUGGUGAGAUUGUCGAGGUCAAAGUACCAAAGCCCGAUGCGCCAAACUCUACAGAGGCACACAGAGGAUUCGCCUAUGUCGAGUUCGAAGACGCAGCGGAUGCAAAAGAGGCCAUUGAUAAUAUGGAUCAAUCGGAGUUGUUCGGAAAGGUCCUCAAGGUAUCACAGGCCAAGGCACCCAAAAGCGCAGAGGAUGGACUUGGUAGCAAAACAGCUAUCUGGGAGAAGGAAGGAUGGUUGGCUGAGCAUGCGGCAGAUGAUGAAGGAACAGUGCCAGAUGCUGGUCCUGACCCUAUGCAAGGAUUGGAACAACUCGACGUUGCAGGACCAAAACCCGAAUAAGGAUAAAAGUUGGAGAUUUGUUAUUGGGUUUAUUGCCGGCAUAGCGAAGGCGUUCGAGGCAUUGGAUUCACGGUCACUGGCGGGUAAGGAUGAGAUAUAUGUAUAUAU